AGAGACAGGGAGGCUGGCAGGCCAGAUUCAGCCCAGGGGUACCCGACGAGAUUCCAGGCCCAUGACAUCCUGUCAUGAACAGUCCUACAAGCAAGUGCACCAGUGAGGCAUAUCUGGGCAGUGCUCCAUUCACACCUGGGCUGCACCUUCUCUCAUCCUGGCCUCACAGGUGCUUAGAAGAACACGCGGUCAGGUUUUUCAUCAAACAAAUGGAAUAUCUCGCAGAACUUUGCUAAGAUGGACAACGCCCCGCAAAAAGAUCAACACUCUGGCAAAAAAUAUGCCAGAAAGUCUGACAAAGUACAGAAAGGUUUUACUGCUGCCUAUCCAACACAAUCCUCCAUUCCUUUUAAAUAUCAGCCUCCGGUAAUUCCAGAAUCAGAAAAAAAAGGAUUUAAUAGUCAAGCCAAGAGGUUUUACCAUCAAAAGGAUGAUAUCCCAGGUCCUGGGUCCUACAACGUCAUUCACCAAUCCCCUGUGUUCGACAGUGUGUCGUUGUCUAAGAAAGGGACGUGUACUUUUCCCUCUUUGUGUGCCCGACUGGACACCAUCGUUUCUAAAUACCCCGCAGCCAACGCGUACACUAUCCCAUCACAUUUUGUUUCCAAGAAAGACUUCAGUAAUUCCUGUUCCAGCAUGUUCCAGUUGCCAAGCUUCGUGAAAGUUCUCAAAUUUGAAACUCCUGCACCAAACCAGUACAAUGCCUCUGUCUCUUGCUGCAAGCAGACAAACAACGUUUGUGCCCGAGCCGGGUUCGUGUCCAAAACCCAGAGGGGACUUUUCACUAUUUCUAAAACAGGACCUGCCCCAGGGCAUUAUAAUGUCAACGAAUCCCUUGUGAAGCAGUCGCCGAAGAUACUGAUGUCUUGCUUUAAAUCAAAAACUGGCCGUGGAUUAAAACUGACGUCGACAGGCCCGGGACCCGGUUAUUACAACCCAAAUGUUCACACCAAAGUUCAAAAAAAGACUCUUAUCCCGAGAAACCCCAUCCUGAACUUCUCUGCCCAGCCUUUGCCUCUGCCACCGAAGCCGCCUCUUCCGGGCCCCGGGCAGUAUGAGAUCGUGGACUACUCAGGACCCCCCAAGCACUUCAUCUCCAGUGCGUCCUUCGUGUCCAACACCAGCCGGUGGACAGCGGCGCCGUCCCAGCCAGGCCUGCCUGGUCCAGCCACGUACAGGCCGGAAUUCCCUGGAAAGCAGUCCUUUCUCUACAAUGAGGACAAGAAAUGGAUCCCAGUGUUGUAGUCACCGCGCCCAAGCCCGGGGAGGCCCCGGCCACCAGCUGUGCCCCCAGGUACCCCGGACGGUCAUUCAGAGAGCGCCCAUCUCGCGUGUGACGGCUGACCACUUGGGACGGCCCUGCCGCCUGGCCUGGUGCGGCAGCUGGGCUGCCCCGCUUGUCCUUGUCUUGUGAGCUGCCCCCUGCAGCGCGACCCCCGCCCCGCUGCCUCCCGCGGAUUCCUGAGUAGAAGUGAGGCGUGCACGGAGCCCACCUUUGUUGCUUGGCCAUGUGCCCAUCCAGGCCAGCUCGACCCGCUGCCCCUCAGCCUUCAGGGCUCGUGGAGCUCGGGCUGCAGGAGGAGGCGGCUGAGGGCAGAUGCCCCGCCCGGGAGCCUGAUGCUGAGUGAGGGCUCUGGGGCCACAGGCUGGGCAGCACGGGCCCGGCACGCUCCCAUCCUCUGGCCUUGACCUCCAGGCUCCUCUCCGGGUUCCAGGAGCUGGGAGGGCCCAGAGGCACUGUGGCAGGGAUCUGAAGGGGUUGCCUGGCCCUUGCCCUCCGCUCAGCCUUCGCGUCUCACCCCAGGAAGGGCAGGGCAGCGUCACCGUGGUCACGUGAGCUCAUUACCCACCUCCAGGAGAGGUCGCCAAGUCCGUUUGUUGGCCGUGUGCUCAAGGGGCAGAUGCGGGCAGGACCCUCAGAGCCCGGGGCACAGCGGCUCUGAGGGGUGCACGCAGGUUCUCACUUUUCCCCGACCUUUCCCCUGCCCUGGCCUGGUCUCAAGUAUCCCUCCCACCUCCUGCUCAAGUUCAAUAUGAUGUUUCAUGGGUCCUUUCUGGCCUGCCAAGUCAGUCCCCUCGGCAAGAGGAAGAGAGUCUUAAAGAAACCAGAAGGAGCUAGAGUUAACCACACAUCCCCUCCUUCUCCAACUGCCCGUGAGUCUUUGGCUUUUGUACGUGGAAGCCUCUUGCGAUGCCUCCCUCCCCUCCCCGCGUCCCCCACUUGCCCUCAGCUCUCUCCCUUGACUCUCCUCUGCGACUGUUAGUCCAGAGCUGGCGGCUGACUGCCUCUCCCUUCAGGGAGGGGCGCGUGAGGAAGAGGGAGGGAGAAGUCUGGAAUAAUGUGUCCAAUUAAACUGAGUUCUCAUUUCUCACAAAAACUGGCCUUGUCGUGAACCUUAGAUGCCCGCGAGUGCCCCACUGCUUUGGGAUGACCGAGAGGUGGCCUGGAGCACGGUGCCAAGAGCAUCCAAGGCCUGGACCUAAAGGCAGACACCUUGUGCUGAGUCCACUCAGGUCCUUAGCUUCUCCUAGAGGUCAAGAGUUGGAUCAGAAUUUGGAGGCUUAAGGUCAAGCACUUUCAGGGCCUGGUGGGCAAGGCAGGGAGCAAAACAGGUGAGGCGAGAAGGGGCCUGGGAGCCGAGGCGGCUGCCCAUCUAAAGGCCAGCGACCUAUUGCCAGAUCUGCAGAUUUUUCAACAGAACCUGGGAAAUUUUAAAAUGUGAAAUGUCUUGAUUGGAGAUGUUGACAACCAUAUUUCAAUUAAAAAUUUUUUGUUCAGGCUGAAGAAAACUCUUCUGCCAGCCAUUUGUUUUCUACUUGGGUACUAGAAAUUCUGGAAGACCCCUUUAAGUCUGAUACUUGAAGCAGCACCUUUCUUUGACCCCAGGCUCUUGACAAUAGGGCCAGACCUGAAGGCCUUGGCUUUUAGGUCCCUCUGACCCUGGGGGACCUUAGCAGGCCACUGGGCUGAAGCAGCCAGCCCUGGGGUCACUGCAGGCAGGAGCUGGUGGGACUGCAUAAAAAACAAGACAAGCCGCUCCUUCCUGGGGCAGCUGGGCUGAGCACUGGCAGGUGAGGACUGUCUCUAUAGAAACCCCUCCAAGUGGGAUCAGGAAAGUGGGGACCCUGGGAAGAAAACAGCAGGGCUGCUCUUGGCCAGUCAGAAUCUCUGUUUCGUAGACGACAUGGCUGGAGCUGAGGCCCUGAGCUCAGAGGGUCUGCCUGGGUUGUACCCAGCCUCUCUGAAGAUGUCGUAGGCUGCUCACAGCUCCAUCCAGCCCCGUGGUUCUCAAACCCCAUCUGUACUGUAGGAUCACUUUGGGAGCUGUCGUAGAGGCUGCUCAGGCCUGACUGUCAAAGUUCUGAGUUAACUGAUCUGAGGUAGGGUCUGGGCAGUUCUUUAUUAAAGUUCUUGGUGUGAUUACAAAGUGUCUA